AUGGGACAACUCAGGAGGAUGCUAUGCUUGUGGUUGUUGCUCCUCGGAUUCACUUUGGUCCUGUUGAUAGUCUCCGACCUUUUUCACAGAGAGAACGAGAGCUCUCUUCAGGAUUUUGACAGCCCGCGACAUCGCUUCCGCGGGAACCCCGGGCCGCCGGACGACUUGGAGCUGAUAGGAGACGCGACAUUGGAGCUCCUUCCUGAACUCGUCCCUAUCAGCUCGUUGAAAGAAGAUCAGCUUUUGUUUGUGGCGUCCACGCAGGAGACAGAAAGCAAGAAGUGGAGUUACAGGGUGCUCUUGCCUGCGGCGAGGAAGGCGGAGGAGGAGGGCGCACCGGAUCGCUCGUUGCCUGAGGCGCGACAUCCAAAGUGUCUCGGCGACCAAUACAGUGAGUCACUGCCUUCUGCCAGUGUCAUCAUCUGCUUUCACGACGAGGGUUGGUCCACUCUUUUACGCACGCUGCACAGCGUCCUCAACACGGCACCGCGAGCGUUCUUAUUGGAGCUCCUCCUUGUGGAUGACCACAGCACGCACGAUCACUUGAAGACUCGGCUCUCUGAAUAUACGUCCCAUCUGGACGGGGUGCGAUUAAUACGCAGCGAUAAGCGUCUCGGUGUCGGUGGGUGCCGCAACCUGGGCGCGUCCGAAGCUUCUGGGGAGGUGCUGGUCUUCAUGGACUCCCACUGUGAAUGUCAGAAAGGCUGGCUGGAACCACUCCUGGAGCGGGUGGCUCAGGACAGGACCCGAGUUGUUUCCCCCAUUAUGGAUGUGAUUCACCGGGAGACUUUCCAGUACAGCGCUACCCAGUGGCCAGUGUGGGGAGUCUUCAACUGGAAUUUGGAGUUUUCCUGGGAGUCCAAACCGCAAGUGCUGGACGACGAAUCAGACUUGGCGGUGGAAGCUGCGCUGAGUCCAGCUUUAGGAGGAGUUCUGGCCAUUGACAGGCAUUUCUUCCACAAUGUGGGAGCCUUUGAUCCUGGUAUUCUGCUGCGGGGAGGGGAACAAAUUGAGCUGUCAAUCCGGGUCUGGUUAUGUGGAGGUUCCAUGGAGGUGGUCCCCUGCUCUCGUGUGGCUCACCUGGACCACUCCCUCCCUUCCCAAGACCAUGAGCAGCUCGAGAGGAACAAAAUCCGCGUAGCUGACACCUGGUUGGAUAAUUACCGGAGUAUCUUCUACAGGCGGGACACACUGGCGCAUUUUAUUCGGCAGUCUGAGAGGCCCAAUAUUACCGAACGUUUGCAGCUGAUGAAGAAGUUGGGUUGUCGGGACUUUCAUUGGUACCUAACGACAGUUUAUCCUCAGCUUUAUGUUCCGCAAGAUCGACCCGAACUUUCAGGCGAGAUGUACAACGUCGCAGUCGGCGGAUGCGUCGACCGACUCCCGGGUCGAGACGCUAUGAUUCUGGCGCCGUGCACCGGCACUGGAAGUCAGCAUUGUGAUUUCAACUCGGACGGAGAAGUAAGAUGGGGCCCCGCGGGGGCUCUGUGUUUGGACGCCGUCGGAGAACAGGUGGUCCUCUCUGAGUGUCAGCGAGCGAUUGGUGAAAGACUUCAGUGGACGUACAUAAAGUCGAGUGGCCAGUUGCUCCACCGACUGUCCCAGUUGUGCGUGGAGGCACUGAAGGACGGACAGCACCCGGGGAGUGGUGCGGGUGACCUGGUCUUGCGGUCGUGCACACAUCAUCCCGCGCAACAGUGGCAUUUUGAGCAACUGGUGUCUCCCUAA